GCGAGCGGCCUGGGCCCCCCCCCGUCCCCCCGUCCCCCCCGCCCAGGCGCGAUGGCCGAGGACAAAAUGGAAAUCGCCGCUCCUCCCACGUCGAAGUGCAUUAUCUACUGGAAAAGAAAAGUCAAGUCGGAAUACAUGCGUCUCCGGCAGCUGAAGAGGUUCCAGGCGAACAUGGGCGCGAAGGCUCUCUUUGUGGCCAACUUUGCGAAGGUGCAUGAAAAGACCCAAAUCCUGAACGAAGACUGGAAGAAGCUCCGAGUUCAGCCGGUGCAGCUGAUGAAGCCGGUCAGCGGGCACCCCUUCCUCAAGCAGUGUACUGUUGAGAGCAUUUUCCCAGGAUUUCCGAGCCAGACGCUGUACAUGAGGACCCUAAACACAGUGGCGCUGGUGCCCAUCAUGUACUCCUGGUCCCCUCUUCAGCAGAAUUUCAUGGUGGAGGAUGAAACUGUUCUGUGCAAUAUCCCUUACAUGGGGGACGAGGUGAAGGAAGAAGACGAAACUUUCAUCGAAGAGCUUAUUAAUAACUAUGACGGGAAAGUUCACGGAGAGGAAGAAAUGAUUUCGGGAUCGGUCCUCAUCAGCGAUGCCGUGUUCCUGGAGCUCGUGAAUGCCCUGAAUCAGUACUCGGACGAGGAAGAGGAAGGACACAAUGAUUCUGAGGUUAAACAGGAGGAUGGGAAAGAGGAGCUGCCGGUCACAAGGAAAAGAAAGCGAAUUGCGGUGGAAGGUAACAAGAAGUGUUCGAAGAAGCGGUUUCCAAAUGACAUGAUAUUCACUGCUAUUUCUUCCAUGUUUCCUGAAUACGGCUUCCCAGAUGACAUGAAAGAGAGGUACCGGGAGCUGACGGAAGUGUCGGACCCCAACGUGCUGCCGCCGCAGUGCACCCCCAACAUCGACGGGCCCUGCGCCAAGUCGGUGCAGCGGGAGCAGUCCCUGCACUCCUUCCACACCCUCUUCUGCCGCCGAUGCUUCAAAUACGACUGUUUUCUGCAUCCUUUUCAUGCUACUCCUAAUGUGUACAAACGAAAGAAUAGAGAGACCAAGAUCGAGCCAGAUCCUUGCGGCGCAGACUGUUUCCUCUGGCUGGAAGGAGCCAAGGAGUUCGCUGCGCUGCACAACCCCAGGUCCAAGUGCUCGGGCCGGCGCCGCCGCAGGCACCACAUGGUGGGCGCUUCUUGCUCAAACGCCCCGGCCUCCUCCGCCGUCGCCGAGACCAGGGAGGGCGACAGCGACCGAGACACGGGCAACGAGUGGGCUUCCAGCUCCUCGGAGGCCAACUCCCGCUGCCAGACCCCCACCAAGCAGAAGCUGAGCCCGGCCUCCUCCCAGCUCUUCGCCGUGGAGACGCCGCAGGAGCCCGUCGAGUGGACGGGAGCCGAGGAGUCGCUCUUCCGCGUCUUCCACGGGACGUACUUCAACAACUUCUGCUCCAUUGCCAGGCUGCUGGGGACGAAGACCUGCAAGCAGGUCUUUCAGUUUGCAGUGAAAGAAUCACUUAUAACAAAACUGCCAACGAACGAAUUGAUGAAUCCAUCCCAGAAGAAGAAAAGGAAGCACAGGCUCUGGGCCGCGCACUGCAGGAAAAUCCAGCUGAAGAAAGAUAAUUCGCCUACCCAGGUGUACAACUACCAGCCCUGCGACCACCCCGAGCAUCCCUGUGACAGCUCCUGCCCCUGCAUCAUGACUCAGAAUUUCUGCGAGAAGUUCUGCCAGUGCAACCCUGACUGUCAGAACCGCUUCCCAGGCUGCCGCUGCAAAACCCAGUGCAACACCAAGCAGUGCCCGUGCUACCUGGCCGUGCGGGAGUGCGAUCCGGACCUCUGCCUGACCUGCGGGGCUUCCGAGCACUGGGACUGCAAGGUGGUCUCCUGCAAGAACUGCAGCAUCCAGCGAGGUCUCAAAAAGCAUUUGCUACUGGCACCGUCGGAUGUCGCCGGCUGGGGGACUUUCAUCAAGGAGUCUGUGCAGAAGAAUGAGUUCAUCUCCGAGUACUGCGGCGAGCUCAUUUCACAGGACGAAGCUGACCGGCGAGGCAAGGUCUACGACAAGUACAUGUCCAGCUUCCUCUUCAACCUCAACAACGAUUUUGUCGUCGACGCCACCCGCAAAGGAAAUAAAAUCCGCUUUGCUAAUCACUCGGUGAACCCCAAUUGCUAUGCCAAAGUUGUGAUGGUGAACGGAGACCACCGGAUAGGGAUCUUUGCCAAGAGGGCCAUCCAGGCGGGAGAGGAGCUCUUCUUUGACUACAGGUACAGCCAGGCAGACGCGCUGAAGUACGUCGGCAUAGAGAGGGAGACGGAUAUCAUCUAGGCUGUGCGGGGCGGUCCCCAGCACACCUUGCUGCUGCACCUUGUAAGCGAUGCCGUGUUCGCUGCACGCUGACGUGACUGCUGCUCUUCCCGCUGCUGUGUGUGUCACAAGCGCUACUUCCCAUCCAGACGCCCGGAGAGAGACUCGGGCAGGAGUGUGAGUGGCUGCUGCCCCGCCGGUAGCUUUGCUAGCCCCGGGCUGGGGCGGGCUCGGGACCAGCUCUGCGGGCUGCAGGGAGCCCACGGACCAAAGCGGCUGGGGCUUGGAGAAAAGCUGUGGUGCAGGAGGAGGGACAGCCGCGAAUUCGCAGUCGUCUCUUUCCGUUUUCUGCCAACCGCUGGGAGAACAAGAGCGAGUGAGGUACCGCCUGCACCGAGAGGCAGGUCACGGCAUGGGGGCAGAGGGGCUGGUGGUCCCCUGUCCCCGGGGAUAGGCUCUGGUCUCGGGCGCUAUCUCUUGCUGCCUGUUUUGUCCCGUUGAAGAGGACAGUGACAGGGUUGGAAGCCAUAGAGAAGAGGCUGCAGCGGUCCCCAGGCCCCGAGCUGCCGAUGCUGAGGCUCUGUUUCCCCUCUGCCCCCGCUGGCGGGGGGGCCAGGGACCGCCUGCCGUGGCACGGUGCCCGGGGAUGGGCAGAGCAGCACUAUGCAAAAAGUCACUUUGGGUAGGGACGCCGCUGAGCCGGUCAGAGACCGUGAUACGGGGGUGCUGCUGCAAGCGCAAGAGUCCGGAGGUGGCAGGAGCCGCGAGCCCGCCCAGCCUGCGGCGUUCUCUCGUGGCUGGGGGUGACUGGUCAGCUCGUGCCCGUCCCCAGCUGCCUGGCACAUCUGGGGCUGGUGUGUGGAUGCUUCUGUGGGGCAGCUUUGGGAAUGGGGGGGGAACCCUGCUGACCGGCUGCGGCUGCACCCGGAGGGGGAGAUGGGGCUCAGCCACCCCCGCUCCGGGCAGGAGCUUCCUGACUGUGCGGCACCGGAGCUGGUUCCUCUACCCUCCCCUGUCAGGACAGUCACCGGCAGGAGCGGCACGGGCUCUGUGGGGAUGUCGGGCACUUCAGGAGCCCACAGAGCAGGUCCCCAAGGCUGGGAGAGCCUUCCAUUGCACAGGGCUUGUGAAUGUUGCUACGCCGAGGUUUGGGAGGCUCCUCAGAAACCUGCCGAGGGGUUUCUGACGCUGGUCCUGGCCCUGGGGAUAAAGGGGAAAUGUUCUCUGGCAGGGGGAGGUUUGGCUUUAGCACCCCAUGCAAAAAGAAAAAAGCACUUUAAACUCUGCCUUCUCAGCCGGCAGCUGGCCCCGGGUACCGCUCUGGGAGUGGAGGGACCACAGAUGGCUGCCGUCCCCCAGCAGCACCUUUGCAGGGACCUUGCUCCAGGUCUGGGACGGGGCAGUCUGGAUGGGGGGGUCUUCCUUGAGCAGGGCCUGGAGUGGCCCGAAGGAUGGGGCUGUCCCCUGGGAGCCGCGUAUGCUGCAGCCACCGACAGCCUGUCCCGGUGCUGGGUGCCGGAGGGGGCCCCGGGAUGGUGCGAGGAACCCGGCUGAGCCCUGACCCAGGGGCCGGAGCCCCUCACCCCCUUUGGGGACGGUGGGCAGUGGUUGUCUGGGGACACCGUGCAGAGGUGAGCAGCGCUGGGUCCUCGUCCGGCUCCUCUGGGGGAACGUGGGGGCUCCCGGGGCACAGCCCCGUGCCAGUGCUUGGUCCAGGAACGCAGAGAGGUCCAUGCCUUUCCCAGCCUCCCGCCGUGGCGGGUGAGGCUGUCCAUCCAUCUGUCCUUCCUGCUGUCCGUGACACCCUCCCGGGGCUCGGGGGGGGUUUGGGUCUGUCUGGAGCAGCGCUUGUACCCCAGCACCUGCCUGAGCCCCCCUCCCCGUUACCUCCAUCCCCCCAGCUCUCCCCGGCCCUGCUCUUGGCUCAGCGUCCUCUGCCACUUUGGCCAUAUCUGCACUACGCCAGGCUUGUGUCUGUGGUUUGUUGACGGUGAAUAAUAAUAAUGCACUUUAAAAAUAGCGUGGCUUGUAGCCUUCGUCAUAAUAAAGUGGUAGCGAGCAUCCUCCCGCGGCUUGCUGGCCUCUGUUAGCCCCGGGAGCAGCUGGCGGCGGCACGUCCCCUGCCUGUCCUCCCCCCGGGUGUCCCCCCACGGCAGUCGGCACCCCGGAGCCCAGCGGGGCUUGUGAGCGCCCCAGUGCCGCCGGCCGAGGGCUGGGGGGUGUCAGAAGCGUGCAGGGGGGUGGAGCAGGAUGUACUUGUGUGUGUAGGAGGGUAGCAAUGGGCCGAGCUGCAUCCAGCCCUGGC